AUGAAACCGCCCAAAUCCUUUCUGUUUCUUCAGGAAAGAAUCCAGGCCCAUUUGAAGACUCUGAGGGAAGAGAGAGAAAAGCUGCUGGGAUUGAAAGCGACUGGAGAGGGGAAUUGCCAGGAGUAUCUGAAACAAACACAAACCGAGAGGCAGAAGAUUGUGUCUGAAUUUCAGCAAUUGCAGCAGUUCCUGGAGGAACAAGAGCGACUCCUGCUGGCCCAGCUGGAGAAGCUGGAUGAGGAGAUUGUGAGGAUCCAGAAUGAAAAUGUCAGUAAACUCUCCGAGCAGAUUUCCCGUCUGAGUGAGCUGAUCAGUGAGCUGGAGGGGAAGUGUCAGAAGCCAGAGAGUGAAUUCCUACAGGAUGUCAGAACCACCUUGAGCAGGUGUGAGAAGGGGAAGUUCCAGCAGCCAGAGGAGAUUUCUCCUGAACUGGAAGAGCGAGUCAGUGGUUUCUCCCAGAAAACGAUUGUGCUAAUGGAGAUUCUGGGGAAGUUCAAAGACACUCUGCCGUCUGAACUGGAGAGAAAAAGGGGAGAAUUCUUUGGCGCACACAGACAGGUGAAUGUGACUCUGGAUCCAGACACGGCUCAUCCCGACCUCGUCCUGUCUGAGGAUCGGAAAAGUGUGAGAUGGGCAGACACACGGCAGCGACUGCCCAACAACCCUGAGAGAUUUGACACUGAGCCCUGUGUGCUGGGCUGUGAGGGAUUCACCUCGGGGAGACAUUGCUGGGAGGUGGAGGUGGGGGAUGGGCGAUACUGGGCUGUGGGGGUGGCCAGAGAGUCUGUGGGGAGGAAGGGAGAGAUCAGCCUCAGCCCUGAGGGGGGGAUCUGGGCUGUGGAGCGGGACUGGUGGAUGGAUCAGUUCCGGGCUCUCACCUCCCCUGUGACCCCCCUGCCCCUGAGCCGGGCCCCCAGCAGGAUCCGGGUUUGUCUGGACUGUGACCGGGGGCAGGUGACAUUUAUCGAUGUUGGUGACGAGGCCCCGAUCUUCACUUUCCCACCGGGCUCCAUCCCUGGGGGGAGAAUCCGACCCUGGCUCGGGGUGGGGACAUGGGGAUCCCAGCUCAGACUGUGUCCCUGAGACACACAGUUGAGGGGGGAACUGGAACUCAACCUCUCUUGCCUCGCACACCCCAGUCUCUAUGACCCUGCAGGACUCCCAUCUACCCAGCCUCUGGCUCCUUAUCUCUAUGGCUCCUGGAAGUGCCUCCCCCUCCCUCUCGGCAGCCCCAGGGAUGAGAGGGGGGAAGAA